AAGCAGAGUGACAAAUGGCAGAACCUUCUCACAUUCUUCAGAAAGAGGUAAAAUAUUUAUCUCUGUCUCUAGAAUCUUCCUCACCCUUUCCCUUAAAUUCCUUAUUCGCCAUGCCUCUACUACCAAGUGCUAAUCCACUCCAUUUCAACGAAAACCACACACAACCGAAAACGGAGAUGAAGGGAGUUACAGUGAAAGAGGAAGAGACAGCGCCAUUCGCCACGGUUUCUUCGUCCUCCAACCUCUCUCCUCAACCCAUGGAAGGGUUGCACGAGGUGGGUCCUCCUCCAUUUCUGACCAAAACUUUCGAAGUCGUCGAAGACCCUUCCACUGACUCCAUCGUUUCGUGGAGCAGAGCACGCAACAGUUUCGUCGUUUGGGACUCUCACAAGUUCUCAACCACCGUUUUACCUCGUUACUUCAAACACAACAAUUUCUCCAGCUUCGUUCGUCAACUCAACACUUACGGGUUCAGAAAGAUUGAUCCUGAUCGAUGGGAAUUUGCGAAUGAAGGGUUUUUGGCGGGGCAGAAGCAUUUGUUGAAGACGAUAAAGAGAAGAAGGAACGUGACUCAGCCGCAGAGCGUGGGUGGAGGUGGGGCUUGUAUUGAGUUGGGUGAGUUUGGGCUUGAAGGUGAGGUUGAACGGCUGAGGAGAGAUAGAACGGUGUUGAUGGCUGAAAUUGUGAAGUUAAGGCAGCAACAGAACAAUUCAAAGGAGCAAGUGUUGACCAUGGAAGCUAGGUUGCAAGCUACUGAGAAGAAACAUCAACAGAUGAUGACUUUUCUUGCCAAAGCACUUAGUAAUCAAUCUUUUGUGCAACAGCUUCUACAGAGGAAUGCUCAGAAGAGAGAAUUGCAGGGUGUCAGGAGAAAGAGGAGACUCGCUGCUUCUCCUAGUGUGGAGAAUUUGCAAUUGGAUCAGGAUCCUGUGAUUGCUGCAGUUCCAUUUGAGGAACAAAAUGGAGAAGAGUUGGCAGCUAUUGAGUCCCAGAUGGAGUCUUUUUUCUCUUGUGAUGAAGAAUCGAGCAGUGAAAUCAAAGACCCAAUAUCGGGUUCAGUUCCAAUUGCAAGUGGGAGUGAUGCAAUCUGGGAGGACUUGUUGAGGCAAGAGUUGGUUGUAGGGGAUCCUGAGGAUGAGGUUGUGAUUGGUGAUUUUUCGCAAAUUGAUGCUCCUGUGGAGGAUUUGGUAGCAAGGCCUGAUGAUUGGACUGAGGACUUGAAAAAUCUCGUGGAUCAUAUGGGUUAUGUUGGGUCCAAACCGUAGAGGACAUAGUGGUUACUGGUUGUAGAAUUUUUAGUGUCAUUGGCCUCGGCUAAAUUUCCCCUUGCACUGCGGUGCAAGGAAGGUGGUAGUUGCUGAAGAGGCCAAAAGAUAUUGCUCUUUAUCUGUAUCCUUUGUAAUCAGCAUAUGUUGUGUCAAAGCUAUUUUUUACUUUGUUGCCUUGCUUAUAAUAACUACAUUCUAUAUUUUUGCAGGCGAUAUCGGAGGCAGAAGAUAUUCAAGGGAUGAUCCAAAUCAUUGACUGGGAAAAGUUGUAUUAAUCUACUCGUAAAUUUGCUGGAUUGUCAUUUUUUCAGUGUUGAGACUUGAGAGAUGGAUGAGAUCAUUUGAUUAUUGUAUAAAGUGCACGUUUCUGUAAUAAACGCAUCAUUCGCAAUUCUUUCCAUAUCAGUUCUCUCCCGGUUUAUUGUAAAUUGAAUCAUUAAUGAAGAAAUAAGCAUUUGUUUUCCAGUUUCAACACAUCUUCUCUUACUUUAUUUUUGUGAACCAAUGAGUUCUACUGAUCUAUAUUUAUCG